AUGGGUGAUGGAAUAAGCGAGAACAUCAUCAGGAACCAAGGUUUUGUUGGAAUGGCAUUGUCCUAUGGUCUUACGCUAAAUACGUCAUUUGUUUCAUGUAUUCAAAACCAAUGCAACCUUGCGAAUAAAAUAAUCUCAGUGGAACGGGUGAGCCAGUACAUGGACAUACAAAGUGAAGCAGCAGAAGUUGUUGAAGAAAAUCGACCGUUGCCAGAUUGGCCCCAAGAUGGCAAUUUAGAGCUUAUAGAUUUGAAGAUCAGGUAUAGGAAUGAUGCUCCACUUGUGCUACAUGGAAUCACUUGCAAGUUUGCAGGCGGAGAUAAGAUUGGUAUAGUCGGUCGAACAGGAUGUGGCAAGACAACGUUAAUUGGCGCAUUGUUUCGUCUUGUUGAACCUGCCGAAGGGAAAAUAGUUAUAGACUCUGUGGACAUCAGUACAAUAGGCUUGCAUGACUUGCGUUCACGUUUGGGUAUCAUUCCACAAGAUCCCACACUUUUUAAGGGUACAGUAAGAUACAAUCUAGAUCCUCUUGGGCAAUUUUCAGAUCAGCAAAUAUGGGAGGUUCUUGAUAAAUGUCAACUUCUUGAAGUUGUCCAGGAGAAGGAACAGGGAUUGGAUUCAUAUGGUAGGGAACUUAACUUCAUCUUAUGGCAUUGGAACUACCUCAUUCAUAGUACUGAUCAGGAUCUUGUCAUAAUAGUUUUGGAAGACGGGUCGAACUGGAGCAUGGGCCAAAGGCAGCUCUUCUGUCUGGGACGCGCGCUUUUGAGAAGAUGUCGCAUCUUAGUUCUUGAUGAAGCUACGGCCUCUAUAGACAAUGCAACAGAUGUUGUUCUUCAGAAAACGAUCCGGACAGAAUUCAAAUAUUGCACUGUUAUUACAGUGGCCCACCGUAUACCAACAGUUAUGGACUGCGAUAUGGUACUUGCAAUGAGCGACGGGAAAGUAGUGGAGUUUGACAAACCUACAAAGCUCAUGGAAACUGAAGGAUCUCUCUUUCGUGAGCUGGUCAAGGAGUAUUGGUCCACAUCGAACGGAACUGUUUAGAAGAUAAUCCCAAUUUUGAUUGUUUACUUGCUGCACCUUUCCAAGAGAAAUUAAAGACAGUACUAUUUGUCUGUUAUUGUCUGGAAAUUUCUUUUGCUGUCUAUUGCUACCAGAAAUUCUGUGCAAUACAUGGUGGGCUGCCGCUGCCCUUCAGAAUUGGUGAAGCUGGACAGAGUAAAUCCCUGAAGAUUUCCUUGCUUCAGUAAUCACAUACAGUAUACUGAGUAGAAUGCUAAACCGGAGGGACUUGAGUUGUGCACUCUGCCUGUGUUUGCUGACACGUUAUGGUCGAGUCUCUUGUAAAUUGGCUAACACACUCA